GUCAUCAUAAAGCAUUCAUUGUGAGAUUUUUGAUCGUUUUAAUGAUCAAAACUGUAAUGAUACUAUUUGGCAUUUAUCUCAUUUAUCAAGCCAUUGUUUUCAAUAACUGUCGUAAAUACUUUGACCAUAUCCGAAAUGCUGACCUGCCAAGAGCAGCUCAAGACGAGGUAACAGAGUUGAAAGUUAUUCAAGACAAAUCAUAACU